CGAGACACUCAGUUCACCAGUAGAUGGAAGGAGAGACAGAUGUGCUCGUGAGAGAGAGUCAGAUCAUAAACACAGACAAGAGAAAAUCACAGACGAAUGUAAGAAAGAAGAACAGAAACACACGGAGGAGUCUGAUCUCACAGGAAUAUAGGAGAAACAGAACGAGUGAUGCAGAGAUGAAGAACAGUCCGUUCACCUACACAACACUCUGUAAUGAAGACAGGCAAACAACGAAUUUGAAGACUUAGACACUGGAUUGAUGGCAAGACGGAUGUGAAAACGGAUUUCUGACCAAUGCGAUCACUUGCUGUGGAAUAUACAACUUCCCAAAACACACCAAGGAAUAAUCAUCUUUGUUUUAGAUAGUAUGCUUAUAAACGAAGGCCACGCCCCCUCCAGCUCCUCCUCAGGGGGCUGAGCCAAUCAGCAGAGGUCAUGGGCCGACGGGCAGCUGACACAUCCAAUGCGGUGCCGGCACUGGAGGUGCCUCUAGCUGGUGGUCGGGCUGUCCUGUCUCAGAAAUGGGGCCCUCUGUGCAGCGUUGGCGUCCAAACGUCGCCGGGUCUCCGCUCGCUUCCGUCAUUGAAGAAGAGGACUCAAACAGUCAGUACGGCCAACGGACCGCCUGCCGAAACCAUGUCGCUAGACCGGGUGAGGCGUUGUGAAGUCAAUGGAAGGCAUGUCGUCAAGGCAGCAUCCAGGAACCAUGUGGCACAGGACAGGACGUCCCAGGAGAGCGAGGUGUACUGUCAAAUCAAAGCCGAUCCAAACCAAUCUGGGCAAAGAGGGAGUUUAAAAAGAACCCCUCGAUACGUUAACGGAAGUAUUGUUGCACCCGAGGUGGUGGGCGGAGUUUGUAGCGAAGGGGCGGAGCCUGAAGAAGCAAGGCGGCAGAGCCAAACAAUGACACGUGAAUGUAGGCGGGGUCAGUCGCUGAAAGGGGAGGCGGCCAGGCCAGCCACCGGCUCGUACAACACGCCCCCUCGCCCAUGUCGCGUGAUGACGUCAUCGCCCAGACUGUGCACCAGCUGUGGGCGGAGACAGUCUCAAGCCCCUCCCUGCAUGGCACCCGCUUGUCGCAAACGAGCCGCCAGUCAGGUUCAAACGAGCAUGACGCUUCCGACACCGCCGAGGAAAAGCUGUUCACCUCGCUUGCAGAAAAGAAACUCAACGGUUGGACAGCCAAUGUAUGCGCAAAUUCCCAAUCACACUACGCAAAACGCAUGCUCCACCCCUUCACAAUCCAACAAAAAAGAUGUGAAAACAGAGGCAUCGACACAGUUUGAAAAACCCAAUAAUGACUCGACGACGCACAAAACACAACACACGCAAACACGAGUCAAAACAGAAUCAACCGCACAACAUGCAUCACAAGAUGCAAAGGACAUGUGUGCGACUACGCAAACGCACAAAUCUGCCACGUCUAAACCGAUUGGCUGUGAGUCCCAAGCCACGCCCACUCUUCUACCCAAGAAAGACUUGAAACCAAUACAGGUCAAAUGUAAACCAGCACCUCCAGAGCUUCUGAUUGGCUCAGGGGCGGAGCCUAAACCACAAACCCCACCCCCUCCUCCAUCAGAACCUAAAACUGAGACGGAAACGGACUCUAAAGACACCCACCCACCUCCAACAGACGAUAUCCCACAAUGCAACGGUGCACCUGGCGUUCUACAUGGACUGCUGCAGAAUGUAGAAGAAAACCUGCUGUAUAAUCAGGAAAAGAUCAAAGUUCUUCUCAAUGUCAUUCAGGAUCUGGAGAGGAACAAGGCAAUGAGUGAAGGGUCUUCAUACUUUCUUGUUUUUUCAGGCGUUGUUCUUACAGAACAGGUCAGGACAUCAACAACUGCUCAACCUGCCAGAAAACAGCCUGCAUUAUAUACAGUGUGGAGCACGACUUCCGUGUGCAGGAGGGACGAUUUCAAAGCAUUCUGGAAGCCUUGGAUGAAGCAGAGUACGAUGUUCCCGCCCCCAUCCCAAAGCCCGCACACAUACGUCCUCGAACCAAGAGCCGCGUCAAGAAACUGCGAAAGAAGUGUUUCUGGUGGCUGUAGAGAACUACCGCAGCUUAGAUUGCCACAGAAAUUCAUAAUUAAGUGUGUUUGCAUUCAUGGAAAAUGCCACCAGCAUCACCGCUGUGGUUAUGAUGUCGAAAAACCAAAUUUAUGGACGUAUAUGCUUCAUAACACAGUCCAGGAUAAAGGAUUUGCUAAAAACAUUACUCAUACUGAACGGAUUAUGCUUUGAAAUAAUUGUUACAUUGUGGCAAACGUCUCAAAGCCACGGCUGAACCAAAAGCUCAUCUGACAUCCUGAAAACUUGAGGAUAAUUUAAAACCCAAGGAGACCCACAAGACCUUGCAUCUAACCAGUCAAUAAAUCCCCUUCAUAGUGUCUGACUGAGGCAGAACGCAGUCGAUAUUCCUCUUUACGCUGAUGGACGGAGUGUUAUCCUGAUGGAGAUUCUCUGUCUCAUCUCCUCGUCAACGUUCUCUGACCUUUGUGUGUGGAUGGCUUUCGUCCCCGACUAAUGAAUGUCUAGCGCUCUGUUCCCAAACCUAGCGAUCUGCCUACCUACACAGCAUUUUAAGUAACCGGUAGUUGAGCUCCCCAUGCCAUUAGGCCGUCUUAUAAGAUGCAACCACACUGCAUUGUCCUUAAUGGAAAAAUCCAAGUUCUUACACUUACUGCUUAAACAAAUAGUUCACCCAAAAAUGGAAAUUUGCUGAAAAUAAACUCACCCU